CCGUGAACAAGAUUCCGUUCCGGACAGAUUGUCGUCGGUCGCUUCUCGGAACUUGCGUCGUUUGCUUUUUGGAUCUCUGUUCUGUGUUCAAUCCCGUGAACUGUCCCCCUUUUUCAACCUCCCUCUUUCUCGCGCACUCUCUCUCUCUCUUCAUGCUGUCUAUCCCCUUCUACCUGUACCCCUCAGCUUGGAGUCUCACAGUUCAAGUGGCUCAGUCACAGCGCACGUUGCACGGAGCCCAAGUGUCCAAGACCGAACUUCCGAAACCGACCGUUUUCAGUCCUCCGCGAGGCAGCGAGAAGCUCAGCCCUGGAUUCAAUACUUUUAAUCAAUGGACAGAGCCCUCUCAACGGCCAACCGAGGUACCGACACGCCAUAAGCAAUCCUUAUCCUCUGGCUGGUGUUCCCCCUGUGGUGUGGAGGGGGAUGGAGAGAGGUGGAGGUGAUAGCCCUCACUUGCGGGAGAGCCCAGAGCGGCGCGGAAGCAGCAGUCCUGAUAUUGGUGGGCCACCUCAGAAAAUGGGACGCCUAGAACUCAACGGCAGUCCCACCGGACACCGCAGUCGCUACAACGGGGCCCCUCAGAGACCUCUCGGAGGUCUGAUGAUUCCAGUCUUCUGCGUAGUGGAGCAGGUGGAUGGAGGGAUGAUCUCAGAAGGCGAGAGUCGAGAGGAGCAUGCAGAGUUUGUGCUGGUCAGGAAGGACAUCCUCUUCACUCAGCUAGUAGAGACGGCGCUUCUUGCCCUGGGCUACUCCCACAGUUCUGCUGCCCAGGCACAUGGCAUCAUUAAGGUGGGCCGUUGGAACCCCCUGCCCAUCCAUUACCUGACAGAUGCUCCAGAGGCAACGGUCGCCGAUAUGUUGCUGGACGUUUACCACAUGGUCACGCUCCGGAUUCGGGUACAGAGCUUUGCCAAGCUGGAGGACCUUCCAUCAGAACAGUGGAACCACGCCACGGUGCGCAACGCUCUCAAAGAACUGCUGAAAGAGAUGAACCAGAGUACCUUGGCGAAGGAAUGUCCACUCUCCCAGAGUAUGAUUUCCUCCAUAGUAAAUAGUUCCUACUAUGCUAAUGUCUCAACUACCAAGUGCCAAGAGUUCGGUCGUUGGUACAAGAAGUACAAAAAGAUUAAAGGGGAUUAUUUGUGGCAAGGCCGGGAAAGUUCUGAAAUCAAGGUUGAAAGGGACAAUCUUGCAGAUUUCUGUGUACUGGCGCAGCGUCCACCCCCUCACCUGGCAGGGCUGACACAGCUUGGUCCAUUGAACAGUGCUGGAUCUCUAGUCAAAGGUGGCUCCGGAGAACCUCAAAAUUCAGCCCAGUCUCAGCCUCAAACACAAGGGCAGCCACAAGCUCCAUCAUCUCAUGGGCAGCUCCAUCAUAGUCCACCUCUACGAGCGCAGGUGCCUCCUCCACUGCCGCCUACAGCCCUGCAGCCUCUUUUGGCAGGGGGACUUCUUUCACCCCAACUCAGUCCCGUGGUGAGACAACAGUUAGCCAUGGCUCAUCUUAUCAACCAGCAGCUGGCCGUCAGCCGCCUCCUCCAUCAGCACCCGCAGGCUCUUAACCAGCAGUUUCUCAAUCACCCACCUAUUCCGAGACCUAGCAAAGCCGGUGGGCCUGGAGACCCUGGUUCCAACCCCUCAGCCGCAGAAGUCUCCUCUGAUAUCUACCAGCUGGUGCGAGAUGAGCUGAAAAGAGCCAGCGUCUCACAGGCAGUGUUUGCCCGAGUUGCCUUCAACCGCACACAGGGCCUGUUGUCGGAGAUCUUACGAAAAGAGGAGGACCCACGUUCAGCCUCUCAGUCCUUGCUGGUGAACCUCAAAGCAAUGCAGAACUUUCUCAACCUACCUGAGAGCGAGAGGGACCGCGUUUACCAGGAAGAGCGAGAGCGCAGCAUGAACCCUCCUGUGAGUCUGCCCCCAAGCACAAACCCCAGCCCUGGGGGCGUUCGCCUCUCUCAGAAAGUGUGGGAGCGCAGCAUUGAUGAACAGUUAACCCCAGACGCAUGGGCAUCUAUUUGGAAGAAUAAGACCAAAAUCACAAACUCUUCCAAGGCUUCUGGUCCUAACCCUGACCUUCCCCUAAAAAUGGAGCCGAUGGUUAACAUCACGUCAGCAAUCUAUGAUGAAAUCCAGCAAGAGAUGAAAAGGGCAAAAGUGUCUCAGGCACUAUUUGCCAAGGUGGCGGCCAACAAGAGCCAAGGAUGGCUGUGUGAGUUGCUUCGCUGGAAAGAGAGUCCCAGCCCAGAGAACAGGACUCUCUGGGAGAACCUGUGUACUAUCCGGAGGUUUCUGAGCCUACUGCAGGGUGACAGGGACCUUGUGUAUGAGGAAGAGUCCCGCCAUCACCACAGCGAACGACUACACACUGUACUGCACAUGCCCUCUGACCCUCAGGCCCAUCACAGACAGCCUGUGCAGCCAUUGAAGGACCACUCUCCCAUCCGAGAAGACCCUGUGCCCAGUUUAGGAGCUGAAGAGAACCAUCCGGCUGUAGCAGCGUCAGGCAACAGCGGAGGGGUUAGCUCUGUCACCAAAAAGCCUCGCUCCCGUACCAAGAUCUCGCUGGAGGCCCUAGGCAUCCUACAGAGCUUUAUUCAAGAUGUGGGCCUCUACCCUGACCAGGAAGCAAUUCACACCCUUUCAGCCCAGCUGGAUCUGCCCAAACACACCAUAGUUAAGUUUUUCCAGAACCAACGCUAUCACAUGAAACAUCACGGCCGGCUGAAGGAGCUAGGAGCUGAGGGCGGUGGUGUGGACGUGGCCGAGUAUCGUGACGAAGAGCUGCUCUCCAGUUCAGAGGAGGCAGAGUCUAGUGAAGAUGGUCACGAGGAGAUCUACAGUGGGCAUGAGAGUGCAUCAACCGGAGCAGCCAACACUGCUUCCACUCCAGCUUCGUCUUCAGGUCAAGAUGACAGUAAAGACAAAGGCAUGCCUCUGGGAUCAGCCAGGCCCAGUUCCUUGCCCCCGUGUGGUACAUCCCCCAGUCCCAGAGAUCAGGCAGAAUAUCAGAGAUAAAACAGCUUCAGUAGAGACUAUUGGUGGGGAAAGCUUGGGGUGAGCACUUACAACUAUUUCAUAGAAGAGUAUGAAGUAAACAGCUUAGGAGUUUACUGACAAUUUUACUGUCUGUUGAGGACCUGUAGAAGGCAAACCAAACCAGACGAGAUCCGCAUAUUGAUUAAGGCUGUAGAAAACUUCAAGUGAGGUGUGUAGAUCACACGUUACAAAUAAGGAUAAGAUGGUACAUAAACAGUUCCUAUAGAAUACGACUCAUUUCAUAGUAGUAAAUGCUUUUACAAGUUGUUCAUAACACAUUUUAAGAUGGCUGCCUCAACCCCAAAGUUCACACUAGGAUGCAAAGAAUGUCAUAAAAUGACCAGUUUCACAUCAUUUGCAGUACAAAAGAAAAGAAUCAGAUGUGCUAAGGGUGUUUUACAUGAUACCACUAUCCAUGCACCCUCUUCACAGGGUUAAUGGCAGGGACAGAGCUUUAGAUGAGCCAUUGAUCUUCAUUAGGACACCAAUACCAUCACUCCUGCCUUAUCAGGGAUAUUUGUGGUAGGCUGUGGCUAUCCUCAUUUUCCCCUCCAUGAUGGGGCAUUCUGACUGUCACCAACCGGGGCUAAAGCGUGGGGCUGGGUUGAAGGUACAGAUGAGAUGUUGGGUUUACACAUCGGCCCAGCCCAUGAACCCUACUAUAAACACAUGUGGUGUGCGAAAAGGACCACAGUUAGCCCAAUGGCGCUUUUGAAGAUUGCGCCAUCCCUCCCACAACCAACCACAUCAUUCCAAGCAGUCCCACAUGGUUAACAAAGUCAACCCUUUAUCCCACCACCCAUGCACCCAACCCAGACUGCUCACGACCAAUCUGUCUAAUGGUUGAGUGCUUGCAUUACACAAAGACAUUUAGAUGAUAGGUUUCAUCCCAGUUGUUCUUAUUCUGCACUUAAAAAAUACAGCGAGGAAAAACGUAGGAUCCAGUGGCAGGAGGACUGACUGUUAUGGACAGAAUCAAAGACAAUGCAGUCUAACUGCAUCAGCCUGCCGCUGACCUAGCUGGGAAAGCGAACAGUUUCCAGCAACUGCCAACAAUCAAGCGCUUGUGUGGAAGUGUGGUAGUCCUUUUCUCUUCUGUCGCCUCCCUCAUCUCUCUCUCUCUUUUACUGACUGGUGCCCACAAUGUCCUGAUUUGACCACAUCUACGCACACCCAACUCCACAGCACUAUUUAUUGCUAUCUUCACCCGCAAUUAUUAUUGUUGUUAUUGUUAUUAUGGUUGUUCUUGGUGUUAUUUUUAGUUGUAUUUUCAUGGUCUAAUAUCAGCUUUCAGCUUGGAGCGGUUGUUUUGGUAAUGAGAGACGUUGGUGAAUGAAAGGAACACUGCCAAAACAGAGAGGAAAGAAUUAGAAGCAGUUACUGAAGUUACUGAGUAAAUCAUCUGAAAUAUAUAUAUAUUUACUGCCAAUUCUAUCAACAUUAAAACUUCCAAAGAGAACAGCACUUGGCAGAUAAACAGGAGCAAAAGUAGUAUCAUUGGAAAAUAUAUGAUCUUUUUGUGUAUAAGAUGACAAUCCUUCUAUUGAGCCAAUCAGAAAAGCAUGAACUUUGCAUUCUGAAUGAAUGUUCAACAACAAAGACUAAUAUGAGGCAACAUGGCCACCUGUUGUGAAACGCUCAUGACAUCAUGACAACUCUUGGAUCCAGGGUUCUGAUUUGCUUGUGAGAAUCAGCUGCUACCUACUCUUUCAUGGAAAAUAAAAAAAAAUGUUGUUAAAUCCUAACCCUUAAACUAUUUUUGUUUCAAAUUGUUAAUUGUGAUCUAUGUCCAUGUUUUGUCUAUUACAAAUGGAAAUGUUUUAUUUUGAGUCUUUACUGUGCAAAAUGCUGACGUGGUUCACAUAGACAAUGUCCAAAUCUAAACAUUCUCAUACAAACCAAUGCAUUUCAGCAGAACAUUAGUUAAAUGGGGGAACACGUUCACAAUUAUGGAAUCACAAUGAUGAACCCAUGUUGCCUAUGAGGUUGUUUUGUGUUCCCAAGCUAAGCUGCAUUUCUUCCUUUGAUUCAAGGAAAGGCCAAUAUAAAGCAAAGGACUCAAUAACUAGAUCCCUCUUAAAAGAGUACAAAAGUGACAAUAAUUUACAUGGAAGUGCUGGUGCUCACAAAGUAGUCACGCUGUCAAGAGCCUGUACCUCACUCAUAGUGAUAACUGUCUUCUACAUUCUCCCACCAAAACAACAGUUACGUAGUAAUUCAUUUUGCCCCAACAAUUUCAUCAAAUAUGGGAAACAAAGUUAAGUUCUCACAUUAAAGGUGUUCAAAAUCUCAGGAGCUCUUGUUUGACAUUUUAAAUGGAAUAAAAUCUGAAAUUUACUUUAUACGUGACAUAUUGUCUCUGGUUGCAUUUGAUAAUGGAUAUAGCCUUUGGAAUGACUCACAAUCUUUAUCUUGGAUACCUGCAGAUUCUUGCAAAAGGUCUUUAAUAACACGGUAGCGAUUGCCUGCUUGAUGUACACCUUACUUAAAUCUGUCAAUCAUUCCUCGUUUUGGGGGUCUGCCCCACCCCUUUCGUUACUCUCCAGGCAUCUUCUCAAAAUCCCGCCACCCCGCCGAGCCCAGAUCAGCUGGAGACAAGCACUUCUGAUGAGUCCAUCCAUAUACACCUCCCAAAUUAUCCUCAUAAAUGACGAGAGCCUGUGCGUGCAUGUGUCUAUGUCCUAGACUGAUGUUUAACCUAUCGUGAGGGUGGCUUCGCACUCAGCAUGAGAGAACAUCACGCACUUCUCCUCUAUCUUCUCCUCCUUUCUGCCUUUGUCAGAGUUAGUGGAGAGAGAGCGAGACGCUUAGGAGACAACAAAGAAGAUUCCAAGAGUCCCUGAUGAGCACUAGGUCAAGGUCAUUGCCCAAUUAUCGAUGUCUUUCAUUCUCAUUCAGUCUUUUCAGUUCACUAUACCAUCUUUAUGCUCCCUCAUUUUCUCGUUCACUAGGCGGGAAAGUAAUCGUUCUCUCUCAUGCUGUGGUGUCGAGGUUAAGUGGAGGUGAUCUUGUCUUGUGAAGAGAGCACUUCCUUGAGAGAACGCAGAUUCUCGGAGUGGUGUGUCUGACAAGUGGAACUGCGGUUAAGACAAAGGCUUGUAGAGUCUUGUAGAUCAAGUUUAAUCGUUUGCUAAGUUGGUUUUCAAAGUUUUGUGUGAAAAUUCAAAAGCUUUAUAAUAUUUAGGCAUGCACACAAGCAGAUUCGGACAAGGUCACAUUUGACCUACUUAGUCUAUAAUGUGUCACUGAGGUAUUCAAUUUGCAAGUACACAAGAAAAACAAAACAAUGCAGAGAUGUGUGACCGUGCCUGUGAAAACCCGGCUUAAGUCAUUUUUUGUGAUUUAUGUAGAAAACAGUAAAAUCAUACUACAUAAUGUUAAGAAGACUCUGUGAAAAUACAACCUCAAUAUUUGUAAAAUUGACUGAGUAAGGCCAUGUCACAUAUUGAAAUCAUAGUGAAAUAAAUGAUUAAAAUCAAAUGUUGAUUGAGACUUUAGCCUGAUUUUCACUGACAGGGUCGCAUACUCUAUACCAUAAGCAAAAACCUGCUUCUUGCCAUUUCGUUACCCUAUGGAUAGGAAGGAUAAUCUUCGCUCUAUAUCUUACAGUGCCUCUGAACCAAGCACAACGUUCCAGUUCUUUGCUUCGGAGAUGACGAAUUUAUAUGCUCUCAUAAUUUUCAUCAUUGUUUUCAUGAUUUUUGUACUCAUAAUCGCCUACAAUGUGAAUCAGGAUUGCAACUCCUGAAUUGGUACUUUCCUAGUCAAUUUAAUGCAUUGUCAUUAUCACUAAGUGAUAAUUAAUUUAUAUGCAUCAUUUGGCUCGUUUGU